CGACCACAACACAACAACACGCCCGCCGCGUCCUCGUCUUCACCUACUUGCCCAUCAUCGGCUGCUAGUCGCCUCUUCUCCCGCUCAGCUCGCGCACAACCACAGAAGGCGCGUUAGGCACAGGAACCCAUCGUCCAGCCAGCCAGCCGCAUCAGCUCGAACCACUCGUCGCCGCCCCCGCCGACGUAAUGUCCCAGUUGUCCCAAGUGACAACCUAACUGUUUGGUUCAUCUCGCCCAUUUCACCAUGACCGGCGCGCACUUCUACCCCGUCACCGGCGCCGACGACGACGCCGAGCUCGCCGUCGAGCGCCACGGCGUGCAGUGGGUCGGCACGCCGGGCGUCAAGGGCCCGUCGUGGGCCAAGCUGCCGCUGCUUACCGUCGGCAUGCUCGGCACGCAGGUCGUGUGGUCGAUCGAGAUGGCGUAUGCGUCACCCUUCCUCAUCGAGCUCGGGCUGAGCAAGAGCUGGAUGUCGCUCGUGUUCAUGGCCGGUCCGUUGUCCGGCCUGAUCAUGCAGCCCCUCGUCGGGGCGUACGCCGACCGCUCGCGCUCGCGCUUUGGCCGCCGCCGCCCGUUCAUGCUUAUCGGCAGCGGGAUAGCAGCGUUCGGCAUGGUCCUGCUCGGAUGGUGCCGCGAGAUUGCGGGCUGGUUUGGCCUCGGCAAGUGGGCGCCGAUCGUGCUCGCCGUCAUUGCCAUCUAUCUCAUCGACUUUAGCAUCAAUGCUGUGAUGAGCACCGACCGCGCACUCAUCGUCGACACGCUCCCGCCCAGCCAGCAGGAGAACGGUAACGCCUGGGGCAGCAGGAUGAUGGGCGCGGGUGCGCUUGCCGGGUUCUUUGUCGGCAACAUCCAGCUCCCGUCCAUCAUGCCCCUGCUCGGCAACACCCAGCUCCAGAUCCUCUCGUUCCUCACCUCGGUCGUGCUCCUCAUGUGCCAUGUGUCGACGUCAUGGGCCGUGACGGAACGCGUCCUCCUUCGCGACGAUCGCGAGCAGUCCAAAUCCGGCCUCCUCUCCUCGAUCCGCGCCAUCUGGGCCAACAUCUUCAGUCUCCCACCGGGCAUCCGCAUGAUCUGCUUCAUCCAGUUCUUCGCCCAGCUCGGAUGGUACCCCGUCAUGUUCUUCACCAGCAUCUGGGUGUCUGACAUUUACCGCGAGUCCAACGCGCAGGGCGACCUCUCGGACAAGGAGUUCAGAGAGGCUGCCGAGCGCGCAGGCUCGCGUGCCCUCUUCUUCCAGGCCGUCGUCACCAUUAUCGUUUCGAUUGGAGCUCCGCUGCUCGUGUCGCAAUCCGGUGUCCAGGCCGUCAGCCCGACGAGCGAGUAUGCGCCAGUCCACCGUGGCGAGGACGGCGAGGAGGAGGAGGACGGCGUGUCGACGCCCAACUCGGCUGUGUACAAGCACGAGCUCGAGGUUCGAUCGUCGUCGUGGAAGCAGCGUGCUGCCGCGGCUGUCGAUGACGCCGUCCGCGCAAUCAAGACUGGAUCGGCUUGGGCGCUCCCUAUCCAGUGGCUGACCCUCGUGCGAUUGUGGUGGAUGGCACAGGUCCUCUUUGCCGUCACCAUGGCCUUGACAAUGUUCACCACGACCGUCGGUGGCGCCUACUUCCUCAUUGGCAUCACGGGCGUCUCGUGGGCUCUGACACAAUGGGCUCCGUUUGCACUCAUCGGCGAGCUGGUGCUCAUCGACGGUACUCGGGACCAGACGGCCAUGCAGCACCUUCGAAACGCGUCGACAGCCAGCGUCGUGUUCGAGCAUCACGACGAGGCCGACCCUCUGCGCUCGUCGGUGACGCGGAGACGGUCCCACGAGACGGUAGACGCGAACGGGCCUCCUCCCUUCGAUGCCAGCGUCCCCCCAACGCGGCCCAAAGUCGCCAUCCCGCCAGGUGCCGAUGAAAGCGACGACUUUGGUAACGACACGACCGUCAUCCUGCGCCACUCGGACGACUUCUCGGUCGCGUCGCAGGAGGACCUCCGGUCACCUCUGAACCGCGCGAGCCCGACCGAGGGCAGCUCGACAGCCGACAAGGCCGGCAUCAUCCUCGGCAUCCACAACGUCUUCAUCGUGCUUCCUCAGUUUGUCAGCACUGCCAUCUCAAGUCUUGUUUUCGCAAUCAUGGCCCCUGGUGGGUCGAACGACGCUGCGGGGGGUGGUUCUUCGGCGACACCGCGUGCCGCCCGUGCCAUUGCGCAGCUUGCCGUCCGCGCCGAGUCGGCCAUCACUGGCGCGGCCAAGGGAUCACCAAACGCUGUUGGCGUCAUCUUCCGCAUCGGAGGGCUCAGCGCCGCGAUAGGCGCAUACCUCUCUUGGCGGCUCGGCAAGCGGUGGGCCCAAGGGCGCCCAGCAUGAGAAAGCACGUCACAUUCGACAUUCGGACAAUGACCUCUCGUUAGAACCAUCUGUAUCUGUAGCCAUAGAAGCG